UGUCUACUCAUUCCCAGGGGCUAGCCAGCGUACGUGCCAGGAGGACUGCUCUACUAUCUGUGAAUGGGCGGGUGAUCAUUGGGAUCAAGCAUCAAGGGAACAUCUUUCCUACAUCAAAUCUUCAGAGAAAACAUCGCACUGCUGGUAUAGGAAAGAAGCUUGGAUGGAAACAUGGGUAAAGGUCAGCAGGGUCAGAGUUCAGCCCAGGUCAGCAAAAAGAGCACCUAUACCUGGGAUGAAGUGAAGGAGCACAGCAGUAAGACAGACAAGUGGGUGGUGAUUGAGAAUGGGGUUUAUGACGUCUCAAAGUGGGUGACUAGACACCCAGGAGGGUUCAAGGUUCUGUCUCACUAUGCUGGGGAGGAUGCAACGGAUGCCUUUGUGGCGUUUCAUCCGGACAAGGAACUUGUUACCAAGUAUUUAAAACCACUCUGCAUUGGAUCUUUGGAGAAAGACAACAAACCAAAGAGCUCCAUCGUCACAGACAUGAGGGAUCUACGCAGCAAGGUGGAGCAGCUAAACCUCUUGAAACCCAAUCUCUGGUUCUACGCAGCUCAUCUCGGGCAUAUUCUUGCCCUUGAUGUUCUCGGUUGGUUUGUCAUGUGGUACUUCGGUACUGGCUGGCUCCCUUACCUCACUUCUGCAUUUUUACUUCUUGUAGUUCAGGGUCAGUCAGGAUGGUUUCAGCAUGACCUAGGUCAUCUUUCCGUCUUCAAGAAGUCGAGCUGGAAUCAUGCGUUGCAUGGCUUCAUCCUUGGUGGAAUGAAGGGCUCGUCCGCUCACUGGUGGAACUACCGCCAUUUCCAGCACCAUGCUAAGCCCAACAUCAUCAUGAAGGAUCCAGACAUCAGGAUGGAGUAUAUAUUCAUGUUGGGUGAGCAGCAGCCCGUUCAAUGGGCCAAAAAGAAGAAAGGUUUCAUGCCGUAUGAUCACCAACAAAGCUACUUCUUCUUCAUUUUACCGCCGUUGUUGCUACCGCUGUACUUUCAUUAUGAAUACACUUCACACAUUCUCAGGAAGAAGGUCUGGAUCGAUGUCUUCUGGAUGGUGUUCUUUUUCACCAAACUCUUUGUGACCUUUGGCCCACUUUUAGGUGUAUCUGGUGCUUUCUUUUUCUACUUGUUUGUCAGGUUUAUGGAGAGUCAUUGGUUCGUGUGGGUCACUCAGAUGAACCAUAUACCCAUGAAGAUUGACUAUGACGAUAAGAAGGAAUGGUUACCAAUGCAGCUACAGGCUACCUGCAAUGUAGAUCCGUCGUUCUUUAACGAUUGGUUCACGGGGCACCUGAACUACCAGAUCGAACACCACCUAUUCCCCACCAUGCCGAGGCACAACUUUCACAAAAUAGUGCCUGAUGUCAAAGCUUUAUGUAAAAAACAUGGUCUCCCGUAUCAAACUAAAACACUGUUUUGUGCUUUUGCUGACAUCGUGCGGUCUCUGAAGCGAUCGGGUGAGAUCUGGCAUGAUGCGUAUUACCAUACCUAAACAGGAAUAAACUUGAGUAUGGUGUGCUAGUAGUUCGUUUGAUCAUGCUAAGCAUAAAUAUGGUAUAGUUUUAAUUUUGACAAAAGUGGAUUUUUUGAUGAAUUUGUCCAAAUGUGUCUUUCUCUUUUAACAAAUUUUAUUUCUUUAUUCUGCUUCUGAUACAAGCUCAGGGGCCAAUUUCAUAGAGCUGCUUAAGCAA